AUGUAUCGAAGCGUUGUUUCACUCUUCAAUUUCACUCAUUAUUGGAAAUCUCUCACUGAUCUGUGGUGGGACGCUCAUGGGCAUAUCCCUGGAUUCGAGCCUGGGGCUCCACUAAUCGCUCUAACGCCAAUCGUGAACAAAUACUUGAUCAGGGCUCUGGCUAAGCUCAACGAACCUUUAUCCGGGGAAGCAUCUUUGGCAUUACAUGAUGUUCUAGGUGAAUCAGCGGAAUGGCAUGACUUUUCGCCUCACCAAGACGUUGUCCGUAUUAUUUCACGAAUGUCGUCUCGUGUGUUUAUGGGUGAAAAGCUCUGUCGCGACGAAGGUUGGCUGAAGGCCUCAAGUGACUAUACACUACAAUGGUUUAUUCCAGGCUCAGAACUUCUCACUUAUCCUCUAUGGAGUAGGUCAUUCGUCCACUGGUUCUUGCCAUCUUGCCAAGCCGUACGUGAGAAGCUACAGAAGGCGCGCGAAUUUCUCCAGCCCCACAUCGAUCGUCGACAUGCUGCCAAGCAACAGGCCAUGAAAGAUGGCAGAACGGUUCCCUUCGAUGACUCGAUCGAGUGGUUUGAGAAGGAAUACCCAGGACAAGCAGAUCCAGCAAGGGACCAGAUCGGACUUUCACUAGUUGCGAUACACACCACAACCGAUUUACUUACAGAAACACUUUUCAACAUUACACUCCAUCCUGAAAUUCUUACGCCCCUGCGGGAGGAGAUAGUUAGUGCUCUUCGCACAGCUGGAAUGAAAAAGACGUCACUAUACAACACGAAACUCCUCGAUAGCGUUAUCAAGGAAUCACAACGACUGCGGCCGAUGCUUCUAGGUGUUUUCAAACGAAGAGCUCUUACCGAUGUCGCUCUCCCCAACGGCGAUGUCAUCAAGAAAGGUACUAAGAUUGUCUGCGAUACGACUCAUCAAUGGAAUACGGAUUUCUAUGAAGAUGCAUUGACUUUUGAUGCAUACCGCUUUGUAAGAAUGCGCGACACUCCCGGUCAAGAUAAGCAGGCACACUUGGUCAGUAUCAGCCGUGAUAUGCUUGGAUUUGGACACAGCGUGCAUUCGUGUCCCGGAAGGUUCUUUGCCGCCAAUGAGACCAAGAUUACGCUGUGUCAUAUGCUGCUCAAGUAUGACUGGAAGCUACCUGAGGGCGUAGUACCAGAAUCUUCAUGGUCUGGCAUGGUGUUGUCUGGUGACCAGAAGGCGAAGUUACUCAUUAGAAGACGGUGCGACGAAUUAGGUAUCGAUAGUUUAGACAAAGAGUAA